AUGAAGAAGAUCUCUCAAUAUCUCCGACGGAGAUGUGCCCGGCGGAACCGGGGUUACGGCAAUGAGAGAUCACACCACAGACGAUUCAACAGCAGCAGGAGCUCCUCAAGCCUCCGUGGACAUGGCUCCUUCCACUGUGCUGGAGAAGGUUCAAUCGUCUACAGUCGGAGAUCUUCAUCUGGCCAACCCAUGCCAAUGUCACCCCCCUACAGCAUUGAUGGAGGGUACAGAGGUGACAGGGAUGGACCUGUUGUAAUAACCAGCGGUGACAACGAAGGGACAUCUGGCUGGGGGGACAUUGGAGGGGGGACAGUCCCAGCUUAUGGUAUUGGGGGGGGAAUAGGGAGCAGCGGUGAGGAUUUGGGUCAUAACAUCAUUGGUAGCUCAGGAUCCAGUUGUCACAGUGGGAAACCGGUUGUCACUUUGGGAGGAGGUUCUGGAUACGGAUACCAUGGUGGACAGUCAGGCUAUGGCAAAACCUCUCCAGCCAUGCAGCAGAAAUGCCCUGUGGUCAUUCCCAAAAUCGAACCCCAACAGAGCAAGAAGACCAACCACUGGCCCCUCAGCCAGAAGAAGUGA